AGGUAAACAAACAGGACAGGAGAGGGAACGGGCAGCAGCAGGCACUUUGCUGGCUCUGGCCUCCCUCGGGGAACUUUUAUAUAGUUUAUAUACAUUUUUGUAAACAUUUAAUAUCGUGUUUCCUACGGACUUUUAAUACUUUGAUACACUGGUUUUGACAUUUUCUAACAACGAAACCUGGCAAGGAUUGGCUGGAGCUUGCCAGCAAAUUUCCCCCCUUCUUCUUUCGACAAAGGCUGCCGAUGAGCCAGCGAAGACACCGAGCACGAUAACAACGUUUUUUUAAAAAAUUAGCAUUCAGCAUAGUGGCAACAAAUGUACUGUCUUCCCUGUUUUUAAACAGCGGCCUUUCGUUGCUGCUGCUCAAAGCUAACAUCACGUUAAACUGAAGACAGCAUAGCUGACGCCAGCCUCAGGGAACCAUGACGGCUGUUCAGCUAAUCAAUAUCCAACGGUUAUUGGAAGCUGCGGAAUAUCUAGAAAGGAGAGAACGAGAGUGUGAACACGGAUAUGCUUCGACGUUUCCGUCAAAUCAGAACACAAACUACCAGAGGCAAAGGAAAUUCCGAAAUAAGAAGUUCAGCAGUAACCACAACAGGUCCACACAUAAUGAGCUGGAGAAGAACAGACGGGCUCACCUGCGGCUGUGUCUGGAGCGGUUGAAGGCCCUCAUACCCCUGGGACCUGACUGCAACCGCCACACCACCCUGGGCCUGCUCAACAAAGCCAAAGCACACAUAAAGAAACUUGAAGAGGCAGACAGGAAGAGCCAGCACCAGCUGGAGUCUCUGGAGCGCGAGCAGAGACACCUCCAGCGCCAGCUGGAGCUGCUCAGGGGAGGCAGCAGUGCUGCAGCCCAGAGCAGCCCCGGGGAGGGCGAGAGGAUACGCAUGGACAGUGUGGGCUCCACCCUCUGCUCCGACCGCUCUGAUUCAGACCAAGAGGAGAUUGAGGUGGACGUGGAAAGCACGGAGUUCUCCCAUGGAGAGCUGGACAGCGUGAGCACAGCCAGCACCAGCGACCUGGACGACCACAGCAGCCUGCAGAGCAUGGCCAGCGACGAAGGCUACUCCUCCUGCAGUGUCAAACUUGCCUUCUCCACAUAGAGCCCCACACCUCCACCACCACCCUGCCAAACCGGCCUGCCCACCCAUCCGUUGGUCCAUCCAUCCAUGCCUGCAUACGUACAUACCCAGUCACCUCAGACGGCGGCCACGCCCUGGGCUAACGGCGUUCCCGUCGCACCUGCCUCUGAGCAGCGCCCCCCUCCUGCUCCUAGCCCUAAGUUGCCUCCACCACCCCCCUCCUCCUGCGCUGCUGUACCCACUGUUGGAGGAGCUCCACUUAGAGGUCUCCCUCACCUCUAAACUUCGAGCUUCCCACGAACGAUACCAGGGACCCCAACACAGUGACGGGAGAUCAGAGUCUUGGUUGAUAUAAAAUAAUAUAUAUAAUCACCUUAAUUCUUAAACCCACACAACUGAAAUGAAAUUAUGAAAAUUAUUUUAUUAGCUUGAUUUUAUUUCCUUGAUUUGUCAAAUGUCUGAAUUUGUUAAACAUACACAACCCCUAAUUUGAUCGAAAAUGCGCUUAAAUUCAUAUGAUGUUUAAAUAAUUCAGUUUCUGUUAGGUUCUCUCUCCUGUGGGGGUGUGUGUGUGUGUGUGUGUGUGUGUGUGUGUGUGUGUGUGUGUGUGUGUGUGUGUGUUGAGCUGGUCCUGCCUAUCUCAUCUUAAUGUCUGGUGUUGGGCCUGGAUAAACGGGAGCACAUCUAAUCUGGAGUAUAAUGAACACUGCAGGUGAACAUUGCCAUAUCAACACAGCUUGGCCCUGAUAAACAUCCCUUCAGCCCUGAAUUUUAAUCCUUGUGUUGUUGUUUUUUUACCUAUGCUUGACACCGCAGAAGCUAAGACACUCAAACUGGUGCUAUUGUGAAACAAACCAACGGGGAAGCGGAUUCACCACCACUAAGCUUUUAAAGCAAACAAAGUGUGUCUGCCAUAAUUGUUUCAAACCAAGCACGAAGGAAAGCAACCACGAAGAAAUAGAGGGGAAAAAACAUUCCUGCCGAAUGUGGGUGCUCAGUGCAUUUUCAAAGAGUGAAAAUUGUAACUUGUGUGUGUUUUGUUUUGGUUUCUUUCCCCUCGAUAAGCAGCUAAAACAAGCUAUCCUUCACUUGCCUACUUUAGAGCUGUCCAUAAAAAUGGCACAAACCAUGAAGUGGAAAAAGCAAACAGCAACAAGAAAAAAAUUCCAAACAACAACAAACUUUGGAAUAGAUGUCCAUCCUCUUUCCAGCAGUAACAAGCAAUAACUCAUGUAGUUGUUUUUUUUGUUUUUAUAUCGUCAGUUUGAACUCUUUCUUCUUUCUAAAUAGUGUGGGACCGUCCAAAAAGCUUAUUUCUUUUCUUUUUCUUUUUUGUACAUACCAAUAGUUUAAUAAAUUUAAUUUUAAAAAUUUGUUUUAAAAAGGAUAUCGCUUCUGGAUAGAACUAUUGCCUCUGUUGCUGUUUGAUCUGUGUUUAUUGUGCAUUUUAAAUGAAUGUUUUCCUCUUCAGAGUGGCAGUGGAUGUGGUGUGGACACAAUUACUUUGUUCAGUUUUGCUGGUGGAAACAUUGGAAAUGUACUCGUUCUGUUGCUGCCCUGAGAAGGAAAAGAAAAGUUACUCUUCAACACGAUAACAAAAACCGAUAGAACAACUUCCCAUCCAGUUUGCGGGAAAGCGACCCAGUGUGACUUCUGUUGGAAAAUGCUGAGUUUGUGUGGCACUCUUUAUAUUUAUUAGUUUGUUUUCUCUUGUUGAUAAUGUUCAUGAGUGUGUGUGUGUGUGUGUGUGUGUGUGUGUGUGUGUGUGUGUGUGUGUGUGUGUGUGUGUGUGUGUGUGUGUGUGUGUGUGUGUGUGUGUGUGUGUGGCGGGGGGGGGGCUCUAUAUGGCAUUCCACUAGUGGUCAGCUGAACUGUGGAGGAAAAGUCUGAAGUGUUAGGUGAAGAAAACGGGUGUUAUGAUGUCAAUGUUCGCCAUCCCAACUCCACUGACGUUAACAAUUGCACUUCAACCACAGUUCCCUGUAAAAAAAAAAAAAAAAACAAAAGAAAGAAAUUCUUUUCCUCUGUCAUUUUCUCUCAUGGGGCUCUCAAGAAUCCUUUUGUUAUUUGAAAACAGAAAAAAAAAUGCCGGCCUUUUAGAAUAUUUAUUUUGCAAUCCCUCAAAGAACACAAGCAAUGGAGGAAAACAAGUUAACUUAUUUAGAUUCUGUCUUAUUUUAUUCUUUUUAAUGCGUAUUCCUCAUUCCUUAUUUUAAGAAUUGUAUAUUUUACGGGUUAUUAUUAUUUUUGGCGGGGGGGGGUCAGGGGGGUGGGGUGGGAGGGUUUUAAGAAAUGUAGCCAUUUUGUUUUAAUUUUUCUGAUGUUUUAUUCUAUGGACACUUGAAAUGUAAUUGGCCCCUAAGCUGCUCCUAAUGCUGAGCCUCGCCUGUUUAGAGUCGCCAGCCUUCUCUGGAGCUGACUCCCCAACAGCAUGUUAAGCCUGUGCUGAGAUGGAAAACAACUGGAUAGGCUGAUUAGACUAAAUGGCUUCCCUCCAUACCCAGCCUUCUGAUGCAAGGUGAAAGAUUCGCCAUAUUGUUUAUAAAUUCUCCUGGCCGGUUGUUUUUGCGUCUGUGCUAAGGGGGGGGGGGGCAUCUCUACACAAGGCUUAUCGAUAGCCAAGACUUUACUGGCAAAUAUUGAGCCAGCUGCUACACAAUAAAAGGGGUCUAAAACUCCACUUUCCUCUAUUAGGAGGAAUGUAGUCUCUAUUAGACUUGUGUUUUAGUUGACAAGAUGUGUCUUACAUUUACAAUACAAGGCCUCCGAUUGAGGAUUUAAAGAGAAAAUAAAUAAAAAAGAACAAAUCCUUUGGUUUUCUGAAGGACAUCAUUAAGUUGUAGAGUUUGACAUGUACGCUCUUUGCGGAGCUGUGUUGAGGUUGUUGGGACUUGGCACUGAAUCAGAAAGUCACCACUUUUGGUGCUUGAUAAUUAAAAUAACAAAAAUGCCAAAACCACCUCAGAACACCUCAGUGUCCUCUCUCUCUAUCUCUCUCUCUCUGAGGGACAGUUUACAUGUAUUUUCCCCCUGUUUAAGUUAUAAACUUUCAACUUCUCUUUGAUCCUGUUUUUGUCUUCAUAUGUUGGAUUUAUGAGCCUGCUGACAGGAAAAAGGUCCCAUGUUUUGACGACAAAUGAAUUUCACUCCUCGUGUAGACCUGAUUUACACCUGAUUCACAUCCUUGUGGUGUUUUAACCUGUUCAGACUACAGUAUAUUUUUACUGCAUCGGGGCGAUUCUGAAAAUGAAGGUUCUGUUGUUUAACACCAAAAUGUGUGAAAACUGUCUGGCACUCAUUGUAUUGUCUCAUGUGGCAAACUACUCUGAUCUUGUAUUCCAAGAAGGGAUAAAACCAACUAUAAGAACUGAUUUUACUUAUACCAGGUCUGUCCUCUCUCGUGCGUGUGCAUGCACACGCACACUACUAAGUCUGAGCUUUAGAGAGGCACCUGGUCCAUGACCAGUCUGCACUGAUCUUAGUUAUGCUGUUUCUUAUCUGCUAAUUGGUAAAUAUCAAGAUUUCUGGAGGUUAUUUGUCAGAAAAAGUGUAUCCAGUGUAAGACUCAGAGUCAAGGCCCUGUCACAUCACUUGCAGCCAUGAUAUUUCACUGGAAGUUAACUGAGCUUUACUGUCAGUUCAGUGCAAACAGGUCAUGGAUCAGCCCAAGCUAGGUGGGAGGUCUGAUAAAGAGUUUCUGGCUAUGCUGCAGAUUCAAAACAAUAGCAUAUCUUAAUAAGCUGGUGAUCACAAAGCUAUAUUUUUACCUCUGUGUUUAAGGUUAGGUUUAGACAUGCAGUCCUGACUGUGGUGCAGGUCGGGGUUAACUUUUCCACUAGUGUUGAGUUCCAACCGUGCAGCCUGGCCAGAUGUGCACCAGCUCGACAUAGUGGAGGUCACAGUGUCUUUUGUAAACCACACUCCAUUCUGCCGUCAGUCAGGAGGUUGACUCUGAGCAAACGGGUCCAUAAGGUCAAGUUAGCCCAACCAAACGAGCAGUUCCACGUAGGGAGUCCUCCUGUUGUUCUGAACCUGUGGCCAUCCUUUGUAAAACAUGCAGUCUGAUGAUGAUUCUAGCCGUGUAAGUUGAAGAUGCAAUACUUACAAUAAAAACUCCAAGAUUUUCAAAUGUGAA